AUGUCUUACGCUUCGGCAGUUUGGCUUGCUGUGCAAGAGGACUUAUACAAUGCUGGCCGCAAUGACGUUCCGAGAUGCUAUUUGGAGAAUUUCGACGACAGAUUUCUCUUUCAGAACUUUCACUUCACUCGACAGUCCCUUCAGUUCAUCACGGAUUUAAUCAAAGCUGCUUUAAACAACCGCGCAUCUGAUCGUCUCAACAACACGCCAAUGAGCGACGUUGCGGUGCUCGCUACUCUGUGUUUUUACGCACAUGGGACGCUACCUAGGAGAAUCACUGACAUGCUUGGACUGAGUAAGGUGACGGCUCGCGAGGCGGUGAACACCGUGACAAAACUGUUAGCCGGUAUGACCGACAAAUUCAUCACGUUCCCUGGUAGCUUUAACGACCGAAUGGGCGUGGCGUCGGUGAUAAGGAGUUUCAGCGGCAUUCCUAACGUGGUAGGGGUGUUGGGCUACCUUCACGUGAAGGUGACACCUCCACAGGAGGAUGAGAGUCUUUAUCUAAACUCGCUGGACGACCACUCCGUUAUGACGCAGGUGAUAUGCGAUGGCGAGGGAAACUUACUUAGUGUCGAACAGUGUUGUCCUGGUGGAACUCCUGAGCAGCAAGUCUGGGAGACCUCAAAUAUCAGCCUACAGUUCAACAGCUUUCAGCAUGGUCAAACAUGGGUGGUAGGUGGUAAGGGUCUUUAUAUGAGUAAGCAUGUGUUGACUGCUCUGUGUGACGCGGAGCUGAAGACCAAGGCGGCCCGGCGCUUUAACGCCGCCCACUCCCGAGCCCUGGGCUGUGUCCUGCGUACGCUCGGAGCCCUCAAGACCCGUUUCCGCUGCCUGGAGCACCUUGGGCCGGUCCAGACCGGCGCGCUGAACCACGCCUGCCAGAUCGUCAGAGCUUGCUGCGUCCUUCACAACGUCGCCAAGAAGUUCUCCGUGCCGUUGCCAGGGCAACCGAUGCCCGAGCCUUUGCUUCCCGCCGCGUCUCCGCGGGGUCGGUCAGAGGGACACGAGCUGUCGGAAGGGGAAAAAAUCCGAGAGGACAUGAUAGCGAUGUGCUUCUCUCAUCCGUCUGACCGUUUGGACGAGGGGAAUGGGAUCAGGGAGACUGAAAAUGGGGAGGGAAGGUGUAGUCAGAGUGCGCUGUGA